AUGACAACAUAUUUCAUUCGCAACUAUAUAGAAAUCUUGAAGGAGUGUGGUGGAAUGAACAUUGAGAAACAGAUGAAGAUUUAUACAAAGAGAGAAGAUAAAUAUGUAGUUCGCAUGGAUAGAACUACACCGCUAUGGGAUGUUAUGAAAACAUUGUGGGAGUGCAAAUAUUUCGAACCUAUUUCUUAUGGAGAACUUUUCACAUAUACGACUGACUUAUAUAAACAGAACCUUGCACCAUUUAAAGAUUUGACAUAUGCUCCAAAGUAUUGUGUACAACUGAAGAAGAAAGCAGAGUCAAAAGAAGUAAAUAAAGCUAAAUGUAAGUUCAUUCCUGAGCACGUUUUCUUUGCUGACUUUGAGUGUAGCACAGACGGCUUUCAUAAAGCUUUUAACAUCUGUUAUGACAGUGAAGAUGGUUCAGUGAGUGAAAGCAUUUGGGGUCAGAACUGUGCAACAGAAUUUUUGGAGCGACUUCCUGACAAGAGUUUAAUAUAUUUCCAUAACCUCAGUUAUGAUAUAAACUUCAUCUUAAGACACAUGACAGAAGUGAAAGGAACUCCCAUCAUUAAAGGUUCACGAACAAUGCAAAUAACUGGCUUAUAUAAAGGAAGGAAAUUAUUAUAA